AUGCCGAGCUCUCAGGCACCCGCCCUUGGCCCCAAUGUAACCGAGGCCCCCUGGGAUUCGGGUUACGACUAUCCCGGCGGAGAUCCGGUCUGGGGCUCGUUGGCCAACAGCAUACUCAAGAUCGCGCUCAUAUCUGUGAUCGUGUGCGUGUCCUUGUUUGGGAAUGUAGUGGUUCUGCUGGUUUUCCAGAGGAAGCCUCAACUCCUACACGUAGCCAACCGCUUCGUCCUCAACCUCCUGUUGGCCGAUCUUCUCCAGACUGUGUUGGUCAUGCCCUUUGCCAUCGCGGCCACCGUGCCAGGGGUUUGGCCCCUGGAUGCCCGACUGUGUCAGGCGCUGGUGGUGCUCAUGCAUCUCUUUGCGUUUGCUGGCGUCAACACUAUCAUUGUUGUCUCCGUGGACCGCUACCUGGCCAUCAUCCAUCCUCUGUCCUACCCCACCCGGAUGACACCUCAUUUGGGCACCAACCUAAUCAUCUGCACCUGGGUGCUCAGCAUCGUGCAGAGCACACCGCCGUUGUACGGCUGGGGCGCCAUCGACUUCAACCACCAUCACAAGAUGUGCUCGGUGGUGUGGUCCUACAGCCUGUCCUACUCGGUGGUUGUAGCCACCUUCUCCUUCUGGCUCCCUGUUCUCGUCAUGCUCGGAUGCUACUGGAUGGUGUUCCGGGCUGCUCGGAGACAGAACGCCCUGGUGCACCCUAUACAGACGCGAUCCUAUUCCCAGCCCUGCCCUCAGGACUUCCCAGGACAGACCGGCUCACCGCCCCAACAGGCCAGUUCACCUGACGGCCCUGCAUCAGCCAAGGCGUACCCAACUCGUGUGAGGCACAGACGCUUCCACUACCACUGCAAGGCCGCGCGUGUCGUCUUUGUGAUCAUGGCGUCUUAUAUUCUCAGCAUGGGCCCCUACAGCGUACUGAACACCAUAUCCAUGAGCGCCAGAGCAGACGUACCCACCUGGCUGUCCUCUUUGGCCUUGGUGCUCUUCUUCCUCCAGUGCUGCCUGCACCCAUACAUUUAUGGAUACAUGCACCGUAGCGUGAGGAAGGAAUUCCUCGCCUUGCUCUGCGGGACGUUCUGCAAGCAGGGAGCGAGCUCGGCCGCUGAGAACUGCCUCACCACGGCGGGGGAGGGCCGCGGCGGGGCGCACCCUCACCUGCCCAGCCUGGCCGCCAGAGUCUUUCCACUGCAGACAUGGGAGGAGUGUACCACGUCAUCCUCGCCCACCUUUGAGAGAAGGUCAAGGGACAGCCGCAAGGAGACCACCACAACCAGCGUCAGCUCGGAUCGGGAGCCCGCCGUCCACCGCGAGCAGAGUACUUAA